GGCUGACAUUUGUCUCAAUCAUUGGCACGUCUCUCAGAUAUGAAACUGUUUGUGCGGGGUUGUGAUUUGUGCCCGCCCUUGUUGGACCACGCCUCAGAGUACCGCGAGCUGCUCAGCAGCCAGGGAGGAACAACCAAAACAAGCAUGAAGGACAGGCAGUACGGGGUGCUGCCGUGGGCUCUGCGGGGGCUGCUGCUGGGCAUGGCGGCACUGCUGCUCCUUGGGUCCGGGGGGCUGGUGUGCCUGCUGCUUGGGCACAGGGACCUAACACAGCACGUGGCCCGGCUGGAGGCACGGCUGGAGGCCAUGGAGGGCGGACCCCGACACACGGAUCCCCCGGAGCCGCUGCAUCACAGCAGGAGGCGGCGGGGGGCCGAGGCCCCUGGAGGAGACCACCAGGAUGCUCUGAUGAUGAUGACGUACUCCAGGGUGCCGCUCAAACUCUUCUUGGAUCUUUGUAACAGCUCCAGAGGGAUUUGUUUGACAGGCCCCCCUGGACAACCAGGUGAGCGUGGGAAAGACGGUUUGAAAGGACGGGAUGGCAUGCCAGGAUUGGACGGCAAGCGGGGAAAAAGAGGUUCACCUGGGGAAAAGGGAGAACAAGGACCUAAAGGAGAUACUGGUUCAACAGGUCCUCCUUGUCUGUGGGGUGCAGAAGGUCCUGAAGCCCCUCCCAGUGAGGUCGGGCCCCUACAGACGAUACAGAACACAACCAUGGGGGCCCGUUCCAUUCAGGGGAAUGUGUCUGUGGGUCAGUUGGUCAAAUGGGUUCUUAUUCAGUUGGCUUCAACAGACUCAUCUAGUACACCCAGGCCCCAGGAGGAACUCAAGGUCAUGGAGCAUGAUCAAACAUCUUUUGAUUCAGAGGGUCGCAACCACACUGUUGCUAAAACAGAUGCAGAUUUCGGUAGAAAACGUGUUAUCAAAACAGAACUACCACCAAUAUAUGCUGACCAAGGAAACAACAGCUCUGAUUGGUCUUUCACCAGGUCUUACAGUGUAACAGCCUCCCCUGCUGCCAGCCCAGGUCAACCAAGCAUCUUGAACAGGGAUCAGGGACAACCAACCAGCACGACCUUGGAAUACGAACUACCACCAAUGUAUGCUGACCAAGGAAAAGACAGCUCUGAUGGGUCUUUCACCAGGUCUUACAUUGUAACAGCCUCCCCUGCUGCCAGCCCAGGUCAACCAAGCAUCUUGAACAGGGCUGAGGGACAACCAACCACCACGACCUUGGAAUAUGAACAAACCGAUUUAAAUCGAAGCAAUGAGAAGUUGGAUCUUGAUGCUGCAGGCCCUAGUAACAUAACAGAACUACCACCAAUGUAUGCUGACCAAGGAAAAGACAGCUCUGAUGGGUCUUUCACCAGGUCUUACAUUGUAACAGCCUCCCCUGCUGCCAGCCCAGGUCAACCAAUCAUCUUGAACAGGGCUGAGGGACAACCAACCACCACGACCUUGGAAUACGAACAAACCGAUUUAAAUCGAAGCAAUGCAAAGUUGGAUCUUGAUGCUGCAGGCCCUAGUAAAAUAACAGAAUUACCAGCCUUGUCUUCAGAACAAGGCAACGAGACCAGCUCAAAUGACCCCACUGCUAUGCCUGCUGUUGUCCGGGCUCAUUACUUAACAGAUUCCUCCACUACAACCCCAGGUCACCAGAAAACACUAAAGAGUGCAGAGAAGGAGGAACACAGAGCCAUCCUCAUGGAACACGGCGGGACGGGGGAUUUGGAAGCCUCUUCUUCUUCAACCCUCGCACCACGCAGUAGGCUGAGCAGUGCUGAGGAGGAGGAAAACACACCCAUGGAACCCGUCCAUUUGCCGGGCAACAACAACUUGACUGGAACGGAGAAAGAAAAUACGGAUAAAACAUCUGCUUCAUCCUUACCUGGUCUGCACCAGACCAACGACUCGUCUAAAGAAGCUGGCAAAGGGACGUUUGAAAGAACUGAGAACGUUCUCAGAACCAUAACGUGUUUUGAGAAUGUCACCCAGAUGCAGAGCACGUUCGGAGCUUGGGUGGCAGACGCAGCCCCUCUGCGUGAAGAGCGCUACUGGCUGCUGGUCCACUUCUCAGGUCGAAUUAUAUUGGAGUAUCCGAACCUUUUAUCCUACCCUAAGAGUGGUGGAAGGAACACACUCCUAGACAAGUUCUACCAGGGCUGUGGGAGUGUGGUCUACAACGGCUUUCUGUACUUCCAUAAUGCAGGCACAAACAAACUGCUCAAAUUCAACUUGGAGACCAAGACGACAAGCUUUCUUGUUAUUGAAAACACAAGGCAUCGCCACCGCUCAUAUCUGUUCGAAAACUCAAAGACAUAUUAUAAGUUUGCGGUGGAUGAAAGCGGUCUGUGGGUUAUGGCUGCAUCAGCCACUGAUGAGACUUUAGUAGUGGCCAAACUAAACCAUGAGAGCUUUUCUGUGACAUCCAUUAUUCACACCAGGUACCCUAAAUCCAAAGCGGGGAAUGGAUUUAUUGCAUAUGGGAUACUUUAUAUCACUGAUUCGAAAGACAAAAAGAUCACACAUGGCUUUGAUUUGGAAAGAGGAGUAUCUCUGGCUGUGAGCUAUGCUUUGAGGCAAGCGAACGGCAUCCUGGCCAUGCUGUCCUACUACCCUCACAAACAAGUGCUGUACAUGUGGGACAACAGCAGUCUGAAGACGUGCAAGGUUCACUUUGCAGUUCUGAAGAAGGAAUAGCAAGUCUUGUUGUCCACCUGUAGUCCUCUAGUCCACCUGUAGUCCACCUGUAGUUCUCUAGUCCACCUGUAGUCCUGUAGUCCACCUUUAGUCCUGUAGCCCACCUGUAGUACUGUAGGCCACCUGUAAUCCACCUGUAGUCCUCUAGUCCACCUGUAAUCCACCUGUAGUCCUCUAGUCCACCUGUAAUCCACCUUUAGUCCUGUAGUCCAAAACAUGUUGAAAGCAAACAUGAUGAAUGUCAUUUUAGUCACGUCAUUCAAUAUGUUAUGAAUUGAAUGUUGCUAUUGUAGGUGUAGAAUAAGUACAGUUAUAUUUCCUGUACCGCGGGUCUCCCAGCGAGACACACACACACACACACACACACACACACACACACACACACACACACACACACACACACACACACACACACACACACACACCUACAAACACACACACACGCGCACACACACACAUACACACACACACACACACACACACACGGUCACCCUUCGAAGAGUCCUCAGUGGUGUUUCCAAUAGCCUACAUAACUACAUUUUUAGAUGAGCUGAAGUUGGAUUGUAUACCAGUAGGCCCAAACUAAUAGAAAGUUAUGAACCAUAAGCAUCAGGUUAUGAACAUAGAGGAUUAAUUCAAGAAGUUGUAGGCCUCUUAUAAUUGUAAAAGACCUAUGUAUGUAAACCUACUCUCAUCACUGAAUCCUUUUUAUUCAGCAAUAUUUGUACCAACUUUUUAGAUAAUUAUUGGUAUAAUGAAUCUAUGUUUAUAUGGAUGUCUUUUUUCAAAUAUGUUAUAGCCUAAUUGCUGAAAUGGUAAGCUGUAUCAACGUGGAUGUAUAUUUCAUGUUUUCAAUAAAUUAUAUUAUUGCAUUAAUUGCGGAAAGGGCUCGAUGCUGUAGCACCUUCCUUUAGAAAGAACCAAUCCCAUAAGGACUGGGUUGGGCUGAACCAACCCCAUAAGGACUGGGUUGGGCUGAACCAACCCCAUAAGGACUGGGUUGGGCUGAACCAAACCCUCAAGGAUCAGGCUGGGCUGAACAAACCCCAUAAGGAUUUGGUUGUGCUGAACAACCCCCAUAAGGACUGGGCUGAACCAGCCCCAUAGGGUUUGGUUGGGCUGAACUAACCCCAUAAGGAUUGGGUUGGGCUGAGCUGUUUUGGUUUUCUUGGACUGGGAAAAAGCGCGUCUGUUUUCUGUUGUUCAGUUCAGGAGUUAAAAGAUGAAUGUGCGACAACACCAAAAGAGUAGGAGGGUUGUGGUCUGAACAGAGAUUGAUUAAGAUGCGGGGGAGGAAGAAGAGAUGGAGCAGCCAACAUUACAUUUACCUUUACAUUUAGCAGACACUUUAAUCCAAAACGAAUUACAAUAAGUACAUUUGUCAGAAGACAGAGAAACCAUACCAGGAUGUUUAACAGCACUCAAUGAUUCCUUCUGCUGACAAGCUUUAUGGAGAUGCUGAUUUCCUUUUUCAGCAGGACUUGGCACCUGCCCACACUGCCAAAAGUACCAAUAGCUGGUUUAAUGAGCCUAAGAUUACUGUGCUGGAUUGGCCAACAAACUCACCUGAUCUGAGCCCCAUAGAAUAACGUAUGGAGUGUUGUCAAGAGGGAGAUGAGAGACACAAGACCCAAAAAUGCAGAUGCUGAAUGCUGAACGCCGCAAUCGAAGCCACCUGGGCCUCCUUAACACCUCAGCAGGGCCACAGGCUGAUCGACUCCAUGCCACUCCGCCAGGGGCGGCCCCAGCACAUUUGGCGCUCUAGGCGAGCUUCACUCCUGGCGCUCCGCCCCCCCCCUCCGCAAAAAAAAAAAAAUAGUUUGUUAAUUCCCCACGAAAACUGAAUUGCAACCUUGAAAAACUGUUUUGCCCUGUAACUGCAUUUCUUUCACAUAAACACAACAACGAUCGCAACGAUGAACAAACAUUAAUUCAAGAAUAAAAUCCACGGAGGAAAAAAUUGC